GAUGCUGACCCAUUUAAGCCAAUAAUUCCUAGCUAGUUAAUUGCUAUGCGCUUAAGAUACUUGUGCACAGGGUACAUGCAAUAUUAGUUUCUCCAAAUGCACCAAACCCUACUCCCCUCUUUCUCUCACAAGUCAAAUAACUAUAUAAGACCAACCCCAAGUGCAAUGCCAAGCCUUUGUUGAGACUCUUUAGGAGGAGGAGAGAACAACAACAAAAACAAAAGGAGAAAAAUAUUCCAAGUACCAAACUAGUACCAAACUAGUACCAUCCAUAUCAUCAUCUUCAUCAUCAUCAUCAUCAUCCAUGGGGAGGUCUCCUUGUUGUGAGAAGGCCCACACAAACAAGGGUGCAUGGACCAAGGAGGAGGACGACCGCCUCGUCGCGUACAUCCGCGAGCACGGCGAGGGGUGCUGGCGGUCGCUGCCGAAGGCGGCCGGCCUCCUCCGCUGCGGCAAGAGCUGCCGCCUCCGCUGGAUCAACUACCUCCGCCCCGACCUCAAGCGCGGCAACUUCUCCCACGACGAGGACGAGCUCAUCGUCAAGCUCCACAGCCUCCUGGGCAACAAAUGGUCAGUUAUAGCCAGGAGUUUGCCGGGGAGGACGGAUAACGAAAUUAAGAACCACUGGAACACGCACAUCAGACGAAAGCUGUUGAGCCGCGGGAUCGACCCUGCGACGCACCACCCGAUCCAGGCGCCGCCCUCGGAUUUCGCCGCUUCUUUUGUUAAAGAAGAGGUGAAGCAUCAAAAGGAAGGGGUUCUUCGACAGGACGAGGAGACAUCGGCGACGGCGCCCUGCGAGCAUUAUCGGUGUCCAGAUCUCAACCUGGAGUUGUGCAUGAGCCCUCCUCCCUUCCAUCAACAAUUACCUGUGAAUAAUGGAGUGUUGGAUUAUAGAGCAAUUGAGAUGAAAUGAUUUAGAGUUAGCGUUGUUGGUUUCUUAAUAUACUACUGAUGUGUCAUGUGCAGAUUGAUUUAUACAAUAUAAACGGGCACAUCGACAACUACAUAAGUAAUGGAAGUUAUAGUCUAAACAAGCUUUUCAUAUUAUUUUUUAGGCUAAAUUAUAAAAAAUUUUCUGUCAAAAUUUGAUUUUUCACUUUUCUCCCACUUACUCUGUCCCCUUAUAAAAUAAAAAUCUAUAUUUAAAAACCUACACUUUACCCCUUUAUAAAAUAAAAAAUGUUCAUUUUACCUCCUGUCGUUAAUGAUUCGUUAGGGUUCCAUUUAUAAAAUAUUAUUAUAUAUAUUUUUAUGCCAAAAAUAUCCUCAGUCUUCUCUCCUGUUGCCAAAAAUGAUGAGAAGUAAAAUGAUCAUUUUAUCAUCACAGUUUACACCGUACUCCUCAUGACCAAUUUUUAUUUUAUAAGGGGGCAAAGUAUAGGUUUUUAAAUGAUAGGAAUGAAAAGUGAAAAAUUAAAUUUUGACGGGAAGAUUUUAUGUAAUUUAGUCUAUUUUUUAUUUUUCUAUUGGACCAUUGUUGGAAUUGAUGGAACAAUGAAUUUUUGUUGCAUUGAUCAUAUUCUUAAUGUCAAGAAUGAGUAAGGAAAGUUCUCUCUCCCUCUCUCAAAAAAAAGAAUUAGGAAGGAGAUCUUGGUUUUGUAAGUGAACAAAAGUAUUGAAAUAGAGGUAACAAGGUUUUUUUAUA